CCACUGGAACCCUUCAGAAUGUUCCUCGGGCCGUUGCUUUUCAUGGUCAUACUCAUUCCUCAGAUUAAAGAAAAGGUAAUCCUUGGAGUGGAGGGUCAAGAACUGGUUUAUCCUAAAAGGCUUCCUCUGAGGCAGAAGAGAGAUGUUUGGCACACCCAGGAUUAUGACAUACAGGAAACUUAUGAAGAAGAAUUGUUGUAUGAGCUAAGGCUAACUAGAAAAACCUUAAUACUUCACCUUUUAAGAUCAAGGGAAUUCCUAGCCUCAAAUUACAGUGAAACCCACUACUCCAUCAAAGGAGAGCCCCUCACCAGCUACCCUUCCACCACGGGCCACUGUUUUUAUCAAGGAUCCAUCAUCCAUGAAUUUGAUUCCGCUGCCAGUAUCAGCACAUGUAAUGGUUUGAGGGGAUUCUUCAGGGUAUAUGACCAAAGGUACCUCAUUGAACCAGUGAAAUAUUCAGAUGAGGAACAACAUUUGGUGUUCAGAUAUGAUCCAAAAGUUCAGUAUGCUGCCAAUUACUCUUGUACAGAACUCAAUUUUACCAGGAUGAAUGAUCCAAAGGAUUCUAUUAAAAUCAUGGAGGACUUCAAAACAGAAAACAGCCAUAAAGAUAAAUAUGUGGAACUAUUCAUUGUUGCUGAUGAUAAUGUGUAUCGCAGGAAUAACCAUCCUCACAGUAAAAUGAGGAAUCGAAUUUGGGGAAUGGUCAAUUUUGUCAACAUGAUUUAUAAAACCAUGGACAUUCAUGUGACAUUGGUUGGCCUUGAAAUGUGGACAAACGGAGAUAAAAUAGACAUAGAUUCAAAUAUAGAAAAUACCUUAUUGCGUUUUGCAAGUUGGCAAGAAAUAUUCCUUAAAAAAAGGAAAAAUUUUGAUCAUGUUCUGUUACUCAGUGGGAAGUGGCUCUACACAAAUGCACAAGGAGUUUCUUAUCCAGAGGGUAUAUGCCUGCCUUAUUAUUCUUCCAGUGUCGUUAAGGAUCUUUUACCUGACCUAAAUGUAGUUGCAAGCAGAAUUGCACAUCAACUGGGCCAUAACCUUGGGAUGAAGCAUAAUAAUUACCCGUGUACUUGUACUCUAGAGAGAUGUGUGAUGGAUCAUGGUGGAAGCAUUCCUGCACUAAAAUUCAGUAAAUGCAACAGAAUUCUGUUCCUGCAACACGUGAAGGAUUACAAUCCAACUUGCCUGUUCAAUAUCCCGUUUUCUGAUAAGCUAAGUGAUUACCCGAAUUGUGGAAACAUGAAGCUGGAUGAGGGAGAAGAGUGUGACUGUGGCCCUGUUCAGGAGUGCACCAAUCCUUGUUGUGAUGCAAACAAAUGUGUGUUGAAGCCAGGAUUUACUUGUGCAGAAGGAGAAUGCUGUGAAUCUUGUCAGAUGAAAAAAUCGGGGUCCAUGUGCAGGCCAGCAAAAGAUGAAUGUGAUUUUCCUGAAGUGUGUCCUGGCCACUCUUCCGCAUGUCCUAUGGACAAAUUCCAAGUAAAUGGCGUUCCUUGCAAGAAUGCAAAAGGCUACUGCUUCAUGGGGAAAUGUCCCACCAGGGAUGAUCAGUGCUCUGAAAUCUUUGAUAAUGAGGUGAAAGACAGUUCUGAUCUCUGCUAUGAGAUGAAUAAAAAAGGAAAUAGAUUUGGAUACUGCAAAAAUAAGGACAAUCGACUAAUUCCCUGUGAAGAGAAAGAUGUCAAGUGCGGGAAGAUACACUGCAGUAGAGGGCAGCACUCAUCUCUCCUUGGAGAAGAAAAGAUCAAUCACCUUAGGAAGGGCUCAAAGAAGAAUGUCACUACUGAGUGCAAAACUUUUAUUCUAUACCACAAUUCUAAAGAUUUGGGCCUGGUUGCUUCUGGAACCAAAUGUGGAGAUAAAAUGGUGUGCAGCAAUGGCGAAUGUGUGAAACUUGAAAAGGUCUACAAUUCAACCAGUUGCUCUUCUCUGUGCAAUGAAAAUGCUGUGGAUGGCCAUGAACUUCAGUGCCAGUGUGAGGAAGAACAGGAAUAUGUGGACUGGGGAGAAAACUUACAUGUUACCAAUGUAUCCAUCUUGGCUGUUGUGCUUGUCCUGGUUAUUAUUGGUGCAGGUGUUGGUACAUUAUUAAUUUAUUACCAAAAAUGUUUUAAGUUGAAGCAAAUUCAGAGCCCCCCUAGGGAGACCCUGGGAGUGGAGAAUAAAGGAUACUCUGGCGAUGAGCUGCAGACAAGGACUGAGCCAGUCUUUCCUGAUAUUCACCCCCUCCACAAAUCUGCAAAUAAAGAUUCAAGAGGAAUCGCAGAUCCCAAUCAAAGUGCUAAAGUGAGCUUGAAACUGGAUAUCCAAAAUGGCUGUGCACAGUUAGGUUGAAGAUUCUGGAUGAACGAUCUUCACAACCUUUCCCAGAUAUUUGCUACACAAAUUUCUGGUAGUUUUUCAGAAGCUCUUUAUCAAGACAGAAAAUGUUGAUGAGAAACAACUUCUUUCUAUAAUAUUUACCUGUAGAAUUUAGAACCUAUAGUGCAGACAUUACAAAAAGAUCCUUAGCAUUUUUAUGAUGAUCAAUACAAUACAAUAAUAAUACAAUACAAUAUAAUAUAAUAAGAAAACAAUACAAUAUAAUAA